AGCAAGAUAGGAGGCAAGGAGAGUUGUCCCACAGUCUCAUUCCAGCGGCCGCCACCGUCCCAAACACAAGGGUUCCGCGGCUCGCACCAACUGACUUCCUCUCUCAUUCGAUACUCGUCUCCGCGCCACACACACACACACUCCCGCCAACAUGAGGGAAAUUCUCCACCUCCAGACUGGCCAGUGCGGUAACCAGAUCGGCUCUAAGUUCUGGGAGAUUAUCAGUGACGAGCACGGCAUCGACCCCAACGGACAGUACCAGCAGGUGAGCAGAGACAUUGAGGAGCUUCAGCUGGAGAGGAUCAAUGUGUACUUCAACGAGGGCUCCAGCUACCAGCACUAUGUACCCAGGGCUAUCUUGGUGGACCUCGAGCCAGGCACCAUGGAUUCAGUCAAAGCGGGACCCUACGGACAGCUCUUCAAACCAGACAACUUCGUGUUCGGUCAGAGCGGCGCUGGUAACAACUGGGCGAAGGGACACUACACUGAGGGCGCCGAGCUGGUGGAUUCCGUGUUGGAUGUGGUGAGGAAGGAGGCCGAGAACUGUGACUGUCUGCAGGGCUUCCAGCUGGCACACUCCCUCGGCGGCGGCACUGGCUCCGGCAUGGGCACGCUUCUCAUUUCCAAGAUCCGAGAGGAAUACCCAGACAGGAUCAUGAACACCUACUCUGUCGUGCCCUCCCCUAAGGUCUCAGACACCGUGGUGGAGCCCUACAACGCCACCCUGUCAGUCCACCAGCUGGUUGAGAACACAGACGAGACUUACUGCAUUGACAACGAAGCUCUCUACGACAUUUGCUUCAGAACGCUCAAGCUUCAGAACCCAACCUACGGCGACCUGAACCAUCUCGUCUCCCUUACCAUGUCCGGCGUCACCACCUGCCUGCGAUUCCCUGGUCAACUCAACGCCGACUUGCGCAAACUGGCUGUCAACAUGGUGCCCUUCCCGCGUCUCCACUUCUUCAUGCCAGGAUUCGCGCCGCUCACAGCCCGCAAAGCCGUGUCCUACAGAACCCUCAACGUACCAGAACUCACCCAGCAGAUGUUUGACGCCAAGAACAUGAUGGCAGCGUGCGACCCCCGCCACGGCCGCUACCUCACCGUGGCCGCCGUGUUCCGAGGCAAGAUGUCCAUGAAGGAAGUGGACGAACAGAUGCUGAAUAUCCAGAACAAGAACACAUCUUACUUCGUGGAAUGGAUCCCCAACAACGUGAAGACUGCGGUGUGUGACAUUCCGCCGAGGGGGCUCAAGAUGGCCUCUACCUUCAUUGGAAACUCAACGGCCAUUCAGGAGAUCUUCAAGCGAAUUUCUGAGCAGUUUACAGCUAUGUUCCGGCGUAAGGCUUUCCUCCACUGGUACACUGGAGAGGGCAUGGACGAGAUGGAGUUCACGGAGGCGGAGAGCAACAUGAACGACUUGGUGAGCGAGUACCAGCAGUACCAGGAGGCCACCGUGGACGACGAGGAGGACUUCGAGGAGGAGGACGUGCAGGAAGAGGCCUAAGAAGGAGACGAAAAAUUCUCAAGUGAUCGGCAUCCUUAAAACCGACCGGAGAUGUUUCUACUACUACUACUACUACUACAACUACUAUCUUAAUCCUAGCUAUCCCUUCCUCUCUCUCUCUCUCUCUCUCUCUCUCUCAGCAUUUCCGAUGAUGUAACGAACGAAUCCAACAGCUUUUUCCCUUUGCCUGUCUGUCUGUCUGUCUAUCUAUGCAUCAGUCUGUCAACGAACGAACUUUUUCAAUCAAAUCCAGAAGUCAAAGAAAAACAUAUCGAACCAGACUAGUAUGUAUAAUUCUCUCUCUCUCUCUCUCUCUCUCUCUCUCUCUCUCUCUCUCUCUCUCUCUCUCUCUCUGGCGCACACACAGCCUCGUCAGUAAUCUUAAAAAUAAAGAUAAAUUCACCAAUCUUCACAAUUCCCGGAAAGGAAUUGUGUGAAUGGUGAGUCGCUGGCCUGGCAACACUGCACCACUCACCAAAGUAAUAAAACAACAGAAUAACGAAUAAAAAAUCAAUCUUAGGUCGGUCUUACUAAGGUCCAUAUUUUGAAACUCUCCUCUCUCUCACCACGACUAUUUUCGAGGGACACAAAGAUCACAAGCCGGGUUUCUGAGGGUGUUUCUCCUGUCAGUUGUGCAGUAACCUUGUUCAUUUGUCACUGGAGCCAUAAAGACACCCUUCAAAACGUGUGUCACCUGAACUAGAGCCUUUUGAAAUAGUGGUGUCUGAAUAUGUUUUUUUCAGCAGCCGCCCAUGUAUGUGUGUGGCCAGAAUUCUGAAACGCUUUGCUCUCUGACCAUCACUGCUUUCCAAAGACUCCUGUUGAAGAUACUCGUGUUCUUAAGAGUAUAUUUUUAUGGUUAUGGUGAUGGAUGGGCAAGAUAUCUAGUUUAUUAAAAAGAGAAACUGUCUUCAAAACUCAGCUAGUUGUCUCUAUGGCCUUGAAAAAAUUGUCGUUGUGAGAAGGAAAGGCGUUUCUGAAUACGUGUGUGUGUGUGUGUGUGUGUGUGUGUGUGCGUGUGGAGAAAGAGAGAGAGAGGUUUAAGAAGUAUAUUGGUGCUAUUACAAUACUACGAGGCAAGUGAAGCGUCGUUGUGUUAAUUCCAAAGCUUGAAUUAAUUGAACCCAUUGUAGUGACGUAAUGUUUCCUGUUCCUACUAAUAGUUAUGGUACUUUUAUUUUUAUCCAUUUUUGUUUAUCUAUUAUUUUUCAUUGUUUUGGUUUAUUAUUAUUAUUAAUAUUAUUAUCAUUAUUAUUAUUAUUACUAUUUUUUUUUCUAUGAUCGAUGAUGAGACGCGCUUGUCUUCAAAUUAUUAAAAGAAGCUGCCAUGA